CUCCGCCCCUCGUCAGCUCCUCCGGGUGCUGGUCAGCACACAAAUUCUAAGUGACCACACCUGUGAAUAGAUGUAUGUAUGUCAAAUAUCCUUAAAUAAGUUACCUCUCAUUGUUUCGCCGAUGCUUCCAGAGCCAUCAUGGAUUCAGAAAGUGGGCCCAAGUCUUCCGCCUCGACUUCACAACCUAGUACUUCCGAUUCCUCGUCUGCCUUUGAACGGUGGCGCAGCUGGGCCAGUGAAAUGACCGGAAUUGGACUGUCUACCGGCGGCACGCCUUCUGCAUCACGACAAGCUCGCGAUAUUGCGCGUUGCGAAAAAAACAAGCAAUGGCUCAUCGACAAUUCACCGGUCGUUACUUUUAUGCUCCAACACCUUUCCCUCAGCGGUUGUCGUGUCCCAGCUCGGAAUCUCAUCUGUGGUCCAUGCAACCAGACACGUGCAGGGGGAUAUGAUCCCGAGCGUGGCGCCAUUAUCCUUUGUGCGUCCAAUUUCUACAGCCGGAGACACAUGGAACGCACCAUGGCCCAUGAACUCGUGCAUAUGUACGAUGACUGCAAAUUUAACGUGGACUGGUCGAAUUUGCGGCACCAGGCAUGUUCGGAGAUACGAGCGAACAGUUUGAGUGGGGAUUGCCGGUAUGCCAGUGAGUUGGCGAGGGGAGUCUUUGGAGUGGCGGGUCAACACCAGGAGUGCGUGAGGAGACGAGCGAUUGGGUCGUUGGCAGCAAAUCCACUAUGCCCGAACGAAGAAACUGCGAGGAAGGUCGUCAAUGAGGUCUUCGAGAGCUGUUUUAAGGAUACCAGGCCAUUUGACGAGGUGUACUGAUGCGCUGACCGGUCACCGUGCCCUCUAGUCACAUUGGAUUAGGGCU